AUGAGCGCAUCUUCCAGCAAAUACGCUCCAGAUGCUUUAGUUUUUCAAGAGGCGCUCGAAGAAUUAACGUCUGCUAGAAGACCAAUCAUUGAAAAAUUAAACAAUUUGGCCGAAAAAUAUAGAGAUACAGCUGCUAGGGAUAUUAGCGAAAUCAUAUGCUCAAGAAUUUACAACGUUCCCCCGCUCAAAAAAUUGUACACAUUAUACUUAAUUGACAGUAUUUGCAAAUACAUAGGGAACCCCUAUGAUAUUUUAUUUGGCACAAAGAUAUAUGAAAUAUUCAGAUACAUGUACACACAAUCAGCCGAAGGUGAUUUGAGAGAUAAGCUCAAAGUUCUUUUCCGUACAUGGAAUACAGGGUUGUUUCCGGCUGAGCAAUUGAAAAAAAUAGAGGAUUUCAUAAAUAAAGCUUCAAAAGUUAGUAGAGCUUCCAAUUCCCCUGAAUCUUUGAUAUAUCGAGGGAGACAAUUUUUAGGUUUUAUCAUUAGGUUGAAUGCGGAUCUUGAUGCUGUUAGAAUGGAAAAACAAUUUUUAAAUGAUUCAGAAAAAACAAGAGUAGAAAGAUUUGAGAUACGACGAAACAAUUUAAUUUCUAAAAUCAACGAAAUAACUGAUCAAUUGGAAACUGAUAUUAAAGCAAAACGUUCCUUUGAUAGCAAUUAUUUAAACUACUAUGGGGCGUCUCUCAAUGAUAUUCAAGGUAGCUUAGAUACUCAAUAUCAUGAACAACUCGCAUUUUUGGAACAAACAUGGCAAAAUAUCAUUAAAGUGAAAAGGAAACGACAUAAAACUAGACUAAAAGAAGAAAAAUCACAAAGAUACAAAUUAUUUUUAGAUGCGAACAGAGUUGAUAUUGAUCUUAAACCAAAAAUAGAAUUCUUUUCAGGCACUUUACCUCAACAUGAAUUUGAUGAGAUUAUAAAAAACUUCGGUAAACCUAUUGUGAAUUAUAUUCAAAGAGAUUUGAAGAAUGUUGCUCAGGUCGAAUCUAUUAGUGACAAGACGAAUGAAGCUCAAAUAGGCGAUCCUACAAAACCAAUUGUGAUAGAUGAUACCAGCGAAGAUAGCCAAAAUAGCUUAAGCAGUCUUUCCAAAAAUAUUCUUUCAGAAGAAAAAGGCAACAAUUCAGAACAAAAUUCAUCUACUCAACAAACAAACCAGGCUUAUGACAUGCUCGGAUUAUUUGGAGGUGCUAGUAGUUCGAUCUUAUUUUCCGAAUCUAAUUUGGACAAACCAAAACCACCAAAAUCAAUUUCCACAAAUAACGACUCACUCACAUGUUCUGCUGACAUAAAGCCAAGCAAAGAUUCAGGUUCAUACGAAAACAAUGCAACAAGUUAUUCAUCAGCGGCAGAAAAAAAUGAUAUUGUCAUACACGAAUCGAGUGGAACAAAAGGAGAGUCUUUUAAAACUAAUUCCUCCAUUGAUGCAUCAGAUGAAGUUUAUAGUUUAGCUUCGGAUGAGGAGAGUCUAGAUGAUGAUCUACAAAAAAUAGAAGCUGGCCAUACCACGUCAACAGGGUCUUUAAUGAAAAAGAAUAGUGCUGAAAAUGAAUUAACAAAACUGAGAUCAAACUCGUCCGAUAGAGAGGCAAGCCCACAUAUUUAUAGACCACCCACACCUCCAAACCAAGGUCACAGCUCCAAACCGACCAGUCCAUUGCAACCUAGUGCUAAGAAUCAAAGAGUAGGUGAGACUGAAUCACAUUUUUCGCAUUCCCCAUUACCGGAAAUCCAUCGAUCAUCAGAUAAUUCUGCUACUUUAAAAGCUAAUGACAGUGAUUCAGGUUCGGAUGAGGAUGCUAUGGAACAAACAAAUCCCCCAUCUGAUAAUUCAAACAAAGAUAGACCAGCACAAGCCGCUAAAAAAUUGAGUUUUUCAGCAUACAGAACAGCUAGAAAGAAUACGGAUGUUCCCCUGCCACCACCACUUCGUUCAAGUCUUUCUGAACCUUUGUUUAAAAAUUCAUCAAAUGAUAAUGCUCAUGGUGUUGAAUAUGAUAUCAACGAUUUAUUUAAUACAGUUUCAAGUACAUUAAUUGGUCUCAGGUCUAUUUUGAAAAAUGGUAAAAAUUCAGAUGAUUCGAGGAAGAGACAUCAUAGUGUUGAUGGUAAUGAAGAAGAAGAUCUGGGCUCAGCUAAAAAACGGGUUAGAUUUUUAGUUGAUUGA